AUGAGUAAGGCCGGCGUGAGCAGCAAUGGCACUGACAAAUGCGACCUGGACGAAGUUGGCGAAGAACGCAUUUCCACAUUGAUACCCAUUGUUGACAGAGUCACACGUAUCGAGGUGAUGGAACGAUUCGAACUCGAUGUCAAUAAGCGAGAUGCCAUUGAACGCAUGGCAAUCGAAUAUUUGGGAGCACUCUCGUCUCAACUAGGGUUCUGUCAUCAGGGCAAUGCCGAUGAUGCCAUCAAGCUCCAAUAUGCGCAUAUUUGA